AUGGCGGUCAUUCAUUAUCUAGAACAAAAAACCGCAAACUUUAAGACCAAGUAUGGCUACGGUUUGCUGCUGUUUUUGAUCAAGCUGUACAAGGCCGAAGAAGGAGCAAGCUCAAUACAGCAAAUUAACAACAGGGUCAUGAACACAAGAAUCAAGUACUCUCUGCCAUUUACAAACCUCCACGAGACUGGCUACCUCAUCAACUACAGCAAUAUCAGGGGAAAAUCCAAGCUACCCGAGAAAGAUAUAUUUUUGUCACAGUCCUCCAUCGACAACGAAGAUAUUGACGAGCCCUUGCUGGAGGUCGAAAAAUGGAUGAUUGCCAUGAUUCGUCAACACGGACAAAAUAUGGUCACAUAUUUGGAUGAGUGUAGCAGUACUUUGCAAAUCCUCAACUUAAGCUCUUCUUCAGAUACAAGUCCUUCGAGUGGUUAUGGAGCAGAUCAACAUGCAGCCAAAGCACUGUCCACCCCCAAGUAG